CUGAAAUGUGAAAGCUUAGUUACAGUUACUUACCACUCACAACCUCCUUGUGUCACACACUUCUCUGUGUUGCGGGAAAAGCUGGAAGUUGCCGAGGAAAAUGUCGGAUCAAACGCCCUUCGAUACAGAUGUUAUCACCCUGACACGGUUUGUCAUGGAGCAGGGCAGGAAGGCUAAAGGGACUGGGGAGCUGACCCAACUCCUUAACUCCAUGCUGACUGCUAUAAAGGCCAUCUCUUCAGCUGUCAGGAAGGCUGGCCUGGCACACAUGUAUGGGAUUGCUGGCUCUGUGAAUGUCACUGGGGACCAGGUGAAAAAACUGGAUGUUCUCUCCAACGAUCUAGUCAUUAAUAUGUUACAGUCUUCUUACGGCACCUGUGUCAUGGUCUCGGAAGAAAACGAACAUGCCAUUAUUACUCCACCAGACAAAAGGGGUAAAUACAUUGUCUGCUUUGAUCCACUGGAUGGCUCCUCCAAUAUAGAUUGCCUGGCAUCUAUUGGGACAAUCUUUUCUAUCCAUAGAAAGACCUGGGAAGGCGAGCCCACAGAGAAAGAUGCCCUCCAACCUGGUCGGAACAUUGUCGCUGCUGGCUAUGCCCUAUAUGGAAGUGCCACACUGGUUGCCCUCACCACUGGACAAGGAGUCAACUGCUUCAUGCUGGAUCCGGCUGUAGGGGAAUUCAUCCUUGUGGAGAAAGAUGUGAGGAUAAAGAAAAAGGGUAAUAUUUACAGCCUUAAUGAAGGGUAUGCCAUGUACUUUGAUCCUGCAAUAACUGAGUAUUUACAGAAGAAGAAAUUCCCACAGGAUGGCAGUUCUCCCUACAGCUCCCGAUAUGUAGGUUCAAUGGUGGCUGAUGUUCAUCGAACUCUAACAUAUGGAGGGAUCUUCCUGUAUCCAGCUAACAAGAAAAGCCCUAAAGGAAAGCUCAGGCUGCUGUAUGAGUGCAACCCCAUCGCAUUCAUCAUCGAACAGGCUGGAGGGAUGGCCACCACCGGCACUCAGCCAGUGCUUGAUGUACAGCCAGAGUGCAUCCACCAGAGGGUGCCCAUGAUCCUGGGGUCCCCUGACGACGUGCAGGAAUUCCUUGCCUGUGUACAGAAACAUCAGAAAAGCAGCUAAUCUCACUGUCAGGGCCACUCUCCUCUGUAAUCUCAAACACAGUGAAAAAAUAAAAAGAACCACUUAAUAAGC